UUAAAAGUAGCACUAUUGCAUAUGCAAAAUUAAGGAAAGAACAGGGCGAGGAUUGUCAAUACGGGCUUAUACAAGAAGUGCCAACAAGGUGGAAUAGUGCCUUUGCUAUGGUUCAGCGAAUUCUCCUUAUUAAAGAAGCCAUCUCUGCAGUGCUUUUAAGCACACCCAAAGCACCUACGGUUCUAACAGCAGAUGAAAUAUUGCAACUAGAAGACCUUUGUUUAUUAUUGGAACCAUUUAACAAAAAUACAAGCAUCGUUUCAGCGAAUCAGUAUGUAACAAUUUCGCAUGUAAUUCCCAUAGUAUGUGGCUUAUAUUCAACUAUGCUGAAACUGGAAUCGAAAUUGCAAACUACAGAGGGUUAUGAAACGUGCGCAUAUUUAGCUGAAAAAAUUAAACAGAGGCCGUUUAUUUACGAAUCUAGGAGUACUCCGAGAUUGGCUACCCUGUUAGACCCGCGCUUUAAAAAACCUGGUUUUCGAUCUCCUCAAAAUGCAACACAAGCAUCCAUUUUGUUGGAAAAUGAACUAGCCGGAAUCAACAGAACUAUUUCUUCAACAUCAACUGACAAGAAUGAUGAACCGUCAAAACCUGAAGAUUUGGAAAUCCCCGAAAUUUAUGAGUUCAUGAAAGAAAAACUGUCAUCCAGAAUUAAAUCUAACCGCGCCGAUGCCAUCAUCGCUUUGCGAGAAUACGCAGAAAAACCAAACGAGCCGCUGAACACUGACCCAUUGGAAUAUUGGAAAACUAGAUCGAACGACAUGAAGCAGCUGCAAGUCCUGGCAUCAAAAUAUUUAUAUAUUCCAGCUACAUCCACAAAAUCGGAGAGAAUGUUCAGCAAAGCGGGGGAAAUAGUUUCAGAUAGGCGAUCCAGACUCAAAGCAAAAAAUGUGAAUAUGCUGCUGUUCAUCAGCAAAAAUUAUGAACUAAUGAAUUGAUAAAUUUCUUCAAGAAUUUCUAUAAGAAAAUAUGAUCUCUUAUACGGUGUUUAAAUGAGGCGAUUCUACAGGCAACUUUUAGUUGAAAGCAACAAUCGCCUGGUAUGAACGGCCUUUCAACU